GCCUCGCUCCUCCUCUUCCUCGCCAUUCUGUCACCGUAAUUCGUCUGCUCUUUGCUUUCUUGGCUUCCUUCCGACGACGAUGGGGCAGCAGUUCGGCGACACGACGCUCACCAAGGUGUUCGUCGGCGGACUCGCGUGGGAGAUGCAGAAGGAGGCGCUUCGCGAGCAUUUCGACAAGUAUGGGGAGAUCCUCGAAGCCGUCAUCAUUUCUGACAAGAUCUCUGGCCGAUCGAAGGGCUACGGCUUCGUGACGUUCAAGGAAGCAGAGGCGGCGAAGAAGGCGUGCGACGACGCGACGCCGGUUAUUAAUGGUCGCCGAGCAAAUUGCAACCUUGCUUCUCUCGGCGCUAAGCGCGGAGGCGGCGUUAUCCGGCACUCUCCUCCUUCCACUCCGGCGCCACUCUCUUCGCGCGGGGGCCAACCACCACCACCUGGCAUGGCGGUCGGAUCGAGAGUCGUCUCGCCGGCGCCGCCGGCUGCGCAGUGGUACUACCAGAACCCCUCCGGAACUCCGCCGCCGCCGUUCCAGCUGCACCAGUACCACCAUGGCCUUCUUCCCUUCUACUCCACCUCCUCUGCCUACGCGUACUCGCCUAAUUACAUGGCGGACUUCGGUUACAACUCGAAGCUGAGUCCAACUGGUGGAGGAGGAUACUACCAUGGCCAGUUCUCUUAUCCAGCAACAGCUCAAGGAGGAGGAAUGGUAGCUGCUGCAGCAGUUAAUGGAAUGCUACCAAUGUACCCUUUCUUCCACUUCCAUCCUCACCAAUCUCAGGGCAUGGCACUUCCUGCAACCCACUUCUUCCCUCCCUCAGCAACGACUGCCAUCCCCACCAUCAUCUCCUCCACCAAGCCUACUGCAAUCCCUCCUGCCACUGUUUGUGUGGCAGUGGAGCAAGGCAAAGGAGCAAACUAAUUAAUUACAUGGUGGAGGAGGAAUUAAUGGCUCGAGAGAGUACUCUGCAAAGAUAAUGAUGCAAAAUCUUUCAUUGAUUGUUAUUCUAUAAAAUCUGGGGAUUCUUUGGUUCCUCUCUAACCUGCAUCAAAUAGAUAGAUGCACAAUCUGUAACAAGGGAAGACAAUUUUCGUUUACCAACUUAUUCUUCAUGGUAAACCUUUUUAUCAAGCUGCUAGCUGCUUGGAAUUUGCAUAACCUUAACGACAACCAUAUCUUUCGUAGCUUA